GACUUGCUGAUGAUAUGCCGCCAGCUGAAUAUGGAGGAGUCUGUCGCAGAGAUCAUGCACCAGCUGGGAGCAGAUGAAAAUGGAAAAAUUUCCUUCCAGGAUUUUAGUCAGUGCCGCAUGGAACUGGUACGAGAAAUCAGGAAGGAAGAAGUGGAGCUUUCUGUGAAAUCGGAUGACUCUUGUAGAAAGAAAAAUUUGAGGGAUAGGAUAGCUUCCUGGCCAACUAGCAGCAAUAACAGUUUAGGUGCCUUCUCUGGAGCUAGAGAAAGCUGGGAGUAUGAUUCAGGAGCCAGAGACCUUCAGAGUCCGGAACUCCAGAGUCAUUUUACGCUACAAAAGUUGUUGGAGUAUGGUGGAAGCAAUGUGACUCAACAGGCUGCUCUGCAAAGACUUCUAGCUCAGACCUCAAAUUUUAGCAACUCUGUUGGAGGAAGCUACUUAGAACUUGCCAACACU